UACGUUCUCGUUUCGGGUGCCAGCAAAUUGCUAAACACCCUGUUUAGUGAAGUGAAUCUGCAUGCACACAACUUUGCUAAGGUAGUCAGUUUUGUUUAUCAAUAAUUUUUCGGUAUGAUUGUACUGUUGCCUUUUGAAAAUUCGCUAAAAAUGCCGCACCACACAAUUUUUUUGUGGUCAAAAAUCGGCUUUUGCAACCCAUUUUUAUAUAAAUAGGAAAAUAUUUAAUACACUUUUAUAGUGAGUACAUGCGGUUAACUAUCAGUUAAACAAAAUUCAAUAGGAUUCAAAAGUAAUCCAGCAAUCGGGGAAGGAGAUGCCCUUUAAAUGCGUUAAAAUAUCUCGUAGCUGACGUCACAGCGUUCGAAGUUUUCACGACGUGCUGAAACGUUCGGCAACAGUGUGUAAAAGUUGUCAAACUUAAGCAGGUCGCGCCCUUAAAAAUAGUAAACAAACACUAUGAAGUUUUUUUUCACAUGCUAUUGCCCAAAAAUACUUUGGUCCUUGGAUUGGAUAUAAAUAGGAAAUGAUUAUGGACUCUUUUGGGACAUUACUUGCUGCCACAGUGAAUCAGGAGCACUGCAGAUAAAUUAAGUUGAAAUUUAGGACAGAAAUGUUUACCCAACGACCCUUUCGAAAUAGAUUAGUUUUACUAUCUCUGAUCCUAGUGCAGUUAUGUUUGAUUACUUCGUAUUUUCUCUUCUAUAAAUCGGAGUCAAGGAAGAAAUUGAACAAAAUCGCGUUUCUUCCCAAAGUCUAUGCAUCUGACAAAACCAACCAAAAAACUUACUACACUCUAAAAGAUAUCAUAGAUUUGAAAAAAAUUUGCUCCAAGAAGGUUUUCCUGGAUUUCAACACGAGUAUGUGUUUUACAGAAGGUACGGAUAUCAAGGCCAUGAGUGUUAUUAAAGGAAUUAAUUGGAAAUGUAACUGUUUACCAGGUUGGCAUGGACCUGACUGUGGAUUUCCUGAAGUGUUAUUCAGAGCUCUUCUAACGAAAAAACAGCCCGUAAAGCCGAAAGGUCCGGUGCCGUUCGAACGGCGACUCAUCUAUCUAUUUAAAUACGAUAAGUCUAGUGAAAACCUGGCAGAUAUUAGAAUAAUGGCAUUUGGCGACAUUAUAGAUUUGUUUAUUGUUUAUGAAAAUGGCAACAAUCAUUUUGAGACUCUAAUAAAAAAUUCGAUGUUUAAAGAAUGGCAGCACAAAAUCCUGUACAUUGCCAACUGCACCGAAAAGAAUAUUUGGAAACUUGCGGAGUCCCAGAUAUCAAACCUGAUGGGCGAUGAUUAUGUAAUUUCCAGCCCAUCUAAUGAAAUACCUGAUCGUUCGUCUUUAAUUUUUAUGAAAUUCUAUGAAAAUAUCCCUGAACCGAUUUAUUUUCGGUUAAAGUGGAGCGUUUUCGGAUUUUUCUGGAUCCAUCCUAAGAAAACUGUAAUAUCUGGUGGUGCAUGCACAGUCUCAUAUUUGAGAAAUGAGCUGAAUAAUGAUCUGAACACUCUAACCAGUAGCAAAACCAUCGCAACUUUUGCAUCCAAAGGUAUAUUAUUAGGAGAUCUAAAUCAUACAGGGGGCUGGUUUUGUGAGUAUUGUGCGUCCCCUCAGGAUAUCAUAGAAUUUUUUACAAGCAACAGCUCAAAACAGCUUAUUAACUGGAACCAAAUUGGCACUGACAAAAUCACUCAUAAAUUUAUUGAAAAUCUUAUCGAAUUAGGCUUAUACAUUGAUGGUAAAAGUGAACUGGGAAGAGGGCACAGGUAUUCAGAUAUUGAUUUUGCGCCUCCUUACGUAAUAAAUAACGAUUUUAAAUACGAUUUUCUCUUGAUAAACUUCUACUCACAAAACGAUGAUUACAUAUAAUCUCAGAAGGACUUAACCAAAGACUGGCUUGCAUUUUUGCUUCCGGCAUAUUACAUAAACAUAUAGUUUUGGUAGUAAGCGAUGUAAAGUGCCUUUGAAUAGUUAGUAAUUUUAUUAAUACAUAGUAGCGGAUAGUAUACAGUGUUUCUUAUUUAUUUUAGUUUAGGAAAAUGUUAUUUUCCGUAAAAAGAUCUGCAUGGUGUAAAACCUGAAAUUACAUACUGUAUUAUAUGGAAAACGGACACCCAACUAGUAAUUUUCAAGAACUUGUCAUUGGCAGCAAUUAAAUGGUUUGCGAUUUUAAUUCUGAAGUUAAAUUUUAGCCAGAAAUUUAAUGUAGAAUUUUAAAUAAUCUAGGGACGAACAUCACUAAAGCGCGUUGGAAUAUUCCUACACUGGGACAUUUCAUGGGUUUUAAUUGAUUGCUUCGCAAUUAUUUUUCCGGUCCAUUUAUAUUGCUAGUCAGAUUUGUUUGUGAUUUGUUAAGCACUAAAACCUUGUCCAUGAGCUGUGAUAUUUAAGAGAAUGUAAAGACAAGCUUUUACUCUAUGAUAGCAAAUAAAAUACCUCCAGACUUAAA